AUGAGUGAAGCUGCAGUGAUUAUCAUCAUUGUAGUAGCAAUUGUGCUUGCUGCAAAAUUCAAUUCGGUGGGUGUGGUUCUUUACUCUGAUGCUUGGGAAGAUUUGAUUGGUUUCGAGUUCUGCUUUGAACAUUCUCAGUGCAUCUUCGGCUCAAUUUCGCCUCACAUUGGAAAUCUGAGCUUUCUUAGGGAACUGCGGUUGCGUAACAAUAGCUUCACUCAUCAAAUUCCCCCUGAACUUGGCCAUCUACGGAGACUACAAAUAUUGACACUACUCAAUAAUUCUAUUGGUGGUGAAAUUCCCGCCAAUAUAUCUGCUUGCUCUAACCUUGUUGGCCUUGAGCUUUCUGGCAAUAGUCUAUCUAGGAAAAUUCCAGUGGAGCUUGGUUCUCUGUCUAAGCUCGAGCGGUUGUACAUUGGAAGAAACAAUCUAACAGGUGGCCUUCCUUAUACUUUUGGGAAUCUGUCAUCCCUUAUUGGAUUCUAUGCAAGUUCCAAUAAUAUCAAUGGGAGUAUACCUGAAGCCCUGGGGCGAUUGACAAACUUAAACCUUCUUGCAUUGGUGGAUAACAAGUUGGUUGGUACUAUUCCCUCCUCAAUCUUUAAUCUCUCUGCCAUCACAACUUUUGAUAUAUUAAUGAACCAAGUUCAAGGGAGACUUCCCUUAGAUCUUGGAAUUUCUUUUCCAACUCUUCAAUGGUUUUCCGUUGGAAUGAACUUGUUUACUGGAUCCAUUCCUAUUUCAAUAUCAAAUGCAACCAACCUGUCUACCCUUGACUUGGGAACAAAUAAAUUUAUUGGAAGAGUGCCUCCUUUGGGAAUGAUGCACAAUCUUUGGUGGUUAAACUUUGAAGACAAUCAUCUUGGAACAGGGGAAGCUGGUGACUUGAAUUUCCUUAGCUCAUUGCCCAAUGCCACCAAUUUGAACUUUUUGGGGCUGAACUCCAACAACUUUGGAGGGGUGUUGCCAGAAUCAAUUGGCAAUUUGUCCACUAAUCUUGGUAUCCUUUUUUUGGAUAACAAUAAAAUAGGUGGGAGCAUCCCAACCGAGAUGGCGAAUUUGGUCAAUAUGCAGUAUUUGGACAUGUCAGACAAUCAUUUCAUCGGCAACAUUCUUGCUGAUAUUGGGAAGCUACAAAAGUUACAAAUUUUGGAUCUCUCAGGUAAUAAAUUCUAUGGGAAAAUUCCAUUGUCUUUGAAAAAUUUGACUUCACUAGAGUAUCUUUAUUUAGAAGCAAAUAAUUUGCAUGGCAACAUUCCUCCAAGUCUGGGAAAAUGCCCCCUUGUAGAUCUGGCUCUUGGUGGAAACAAUCUUAGUGGUACCAUACCCAAACAAGUUUUAACUCUCUCAUCAUUAUUGAACUUGUACCUACAUGACAACCAUUUGGUUGGGUCCAUACAACUAGAAAUUGGGAAUUUAAUAAAUCAUGAACAAUUGGAUGUUUCUAGGAAUAUGUUGUAUGGAAAAAUUCCAAGCACUCUUGGUAGUUGUGUAAAAUUGAGAUUUCUAUAUAUACAGAGCAAUAAUUUCUGGGGAACUCUUCCUUCAUCUUUAAGUUAUUUGAGAGGUAUUGAGGAAUUAGAUCUUUCUCACACUAAUUUCUGA